AUGUCCACCUUCGCCAAUUCCGUUCUGGUACAGACCGGCCAAGGCUCUACCCUCCAAACCACCGGAGCCUUUGACAAUCCACGCAAGAAACGUCCUCACUCUAAGAGUCGACGAGGAUGCGUGGCAUGUAAACGUCGGCGUGUUAAGUGCGACGAGCGUUCCCCAUGCUCCAGCUGCAUUAAACGCAACAUCCAAUGCCUGCAGCCCUCUCAUCUCCACAUCAUCGGCACAAGUCUCUCAACUGCCAAUGCUCAUUUGAAGAUGGACACCAAUCCUACAAUCAGUCUUCUACAUCUCGAACUAUUCCAUCAUUGGGAUACGCAGACUCGCUCGACGCUAGCGUUUACGCAGAUAUGGCCCGUUGUGAUGCAGCGGGCUUUUCAUGAAGAAUUCAUCAUGUCCGCCAUCCUCUGCGUCGCAGCUCUACAUCUCGUAUCUCUGCGCCCCGCCGACAGGAAAUAUGCACACGCAUCAAUGCACUUAACUGUCAAAACGGCACAACUCUUUCGCAGAAAUUUGUCUCGUGCUUUUACAAAACACAACUGCGAAGCGUUGAUGGGUGCCGCGCUGCUGAUUAAUUACAUCUCCUGGUCCGAUGUGGGGUUUUUGAUGGAUAAUGAUGAUGAUGAUGAUGAUGAUGAUGCCAGCAAAAGUAAAAGGGGGUUGAGGCUUGAGCAGGACCAACUGUUUCUUAUGAGUCCUGGGAUUGUGAGGGUGUGGUUUGCGGCUGUGCCGGUUUUUAUUGAUGAGGGAAGCGUGUUUGUGCAGCUUUUGACACGGGACACCAGGGGUAGUCUUGAGAGGGCUCUGGUCGAAAGGGGAGAAAAUCCGGAGCGUUUUGUAGAACCGUUUAUGAACAUGUGGGAUGAUGAGCUGUCCCAGGUGAGAGGAGCUGAUGAAACGCGCGUUGAUGGGCCGACGUCUUAUGCAUGGCGGUUUCUGCGUGGUUUGGAGAGAAAUUUGCUGCCGUGUCGUGGUAACUCAGCGUAUGAUGGCGGGCACAAUGAGCAGAACGGGAUGGUGUACUUGAAAGAUACAGUCACGAAAUUGACGGCCCAGUCGAUGUCGCUCCACGAAUCAUCAUUGCACUCAGCCCGCGAAUCUUUCAAAUACAUCAUCCGCCGACUGUCUCCUCUUUUGUGCUGCAUAGCAUUGCUGGAAUCAACUACUCAGACAGAUCCAAUCAUCGAUUCGUGUGCGACAGAUAUUGAGCAACUAGUCUAUGGAUUUCCCAUUCUGUGCUGUGGCCCUUUUGCCGAGCUGGUGACGCGGAAAGAUUCGCGGGCGCUGGUCUUUCUAUUCCAUUUCUACUGGGCAGUGCGUGUGCUCCUAGAGGAGAGGUGUUGGUGGGCGGCUACGAGAAGUCGUUUGAUGGAGAAGGCCAUUUUGAAAGAGUUGGAGGCUCGGGGAAUUGAUAUGGAAGCGAUAAUGAUAAGAUAG